UCCGCUUGUCAGGGAAUGUGCUAGUUGUGCAACGGUAUCCUUGUUGCGUUCUGCUAAACUGGCAGUAGAGAAAGGGACUGCUCGAGGUGGAAACAAGUGGUACUUUAAGCAGUUGCCUGGCCGUAUAAUAUUGGCUUUGGGGGACGCAUUGUAUUCGGUUACCUUCAACACAUUAAUAUUUACGGUUUCUUUUUCCUGUUGGGAAAAGGUUUGAUCUCCAUUUAUCUGAACAAGGAGAAAGUGACACUUCAAUUGCUAUUGCAUGCAGGAGCCUGAGACAAAACUAUGUGAAAAGAUAUUGCAGGAAUUGAAUAAUUGCCUAAAUAUCGGUGGAACACUUCUCAAUGAAUAUCAGGUUCAUAGAAUCACAGAUGGGAUAAAGCACGUCAUUAUAGAAAGUUCACGUAGAAAAGGAAAACUCAGAGAGAGAGAGAGAGAGAGAGAAAUCAGAAGACUUUGAUGCUGAGGAAGCUGAAUUGCUGAGAGAGGAAAGAGAGCUAGAAGAAAAAGUAUUUUAUAGGGUUGGUUGCAUAUUGUUGACAUUGAUCAAAACCUUCAAGGCUGCUUUCUUGCCUUUCCUUGAUGAGCUUUCCUCAUAUCUAAUGCCUAUGACAGGCAAGGAUAAAACAGCUCAAGGGAGAAGUGCAUGUGUAAAUAUCUUUAAUAAACUUGUGGAGGAAUGCAACGAAUCAGCUCUAAAGUAUUAUAAUAUAUGUCUUCCUUUUCUUUUGGACUCAAGCAACAACGAAAAUCCAGUUCUUAGAGAGAAUGCACUUUAUGGACUUAGGCUUUGUGCGAAAUAUGGUGGUUUUGUUUUCAAACCAUUUAUUGGAGAGGCUCUUUCAAGGAUCAAUGUUGUGAUAACACAUCUACAUGCUCUGGCACCUGAAAAUGAACAGGCAUAUCAUGAUGCUGUUUUUGCACUUGGUCAGAUAUGUCAAUUUCAUCGGGAAAGUAUUGACUCCACACAGAUUAUUCCGGCUUGGUUGAACUGUCUGCUUAUAAGAGGUAACAUGGUUGUUCACGACCAGCUCUGUUCAAUGGUCGAAAGGUCAGACAGAGAACUUUUGGGUCCCAAAUAUGAGCAUUUUCCAAAAAAUUUAUCAGUUUUUGCAGAGGUUUUAUGUACUGGAAAAGAUCUUGCUACUGAAGAAAUGAAAAGCCGAAUGAUUAAUCCAUUGAGGAAUCUUCAGAAAACAGUACCAGCAGCCACCUGGGCAUCGGCGUGGUCAUUGUUAUUGCCUCAGCAGGAGAUGGAACUGGAAUCCAUUCUAUCCCAUAAGGAAGAUGCUAACUUGUCAUCAGUGCAAUCAGGGGCAAAGUUAGGAGGACGCAAGGGGCGUAAAUUGAAAGGCCGUCGUCAAAAACUUAUAUUGCGCAAAUAGGGUAAAAUAAUUCUCUUGACAAAAGGGAAGAUGCUAGUGGAGUGGCAAAGGUGGCUUAAAAAUAGCUUAAGGUUAUAGGUUCAAAUCCAACCGUAGCAUUCUUGAAAUUUUCUGAUAUUCUAACCCCACCGCUGAGUGCAAUGAAGCUAUGAUUUCUGCAACUUUGUGUCCUUAAAACAUUUUGCUGCUCCAGCGAAAAUCAUUCAUUUUGGGGAACGACGUUUUAUAUUGGCCUUCAUAGGUGUGCGCGGAGUAUGAGAGCCUGCAAGCUAAAGGUGGAACCUUUCCUUUACUUUUGUAUUGUGUCAAUGUGAAUAAUACUACUGUUCCAGCUGAACUUUGCUUCAAUAUAUUACAAUUAAGGAGCCUGAACAAUUAUGGUGCAGACAAUUUCCUUUUUCAACAAAAAGAUGAAGGUGUGAUGCAAUUUGCUAGCCAAUUGCUGUUUGCUUGUAUCUCAUUCAGCCAAGCGGUGAUAUUAUUCCAAUUCAGAAGCGGCUAUGUUUCAUAGUAAAAGCUGUACCCCUUCCUCUAUUUUCAUGAAAGUUUAUAUAAGAUAUGUUGAGCAAGAAAAUCAGUAAACAUGAUCAAGAAUUUAUGUGAAGCCAUAUUGAAUCUGGUUCUCUCAUUCUCCUU